AGUAGGCAAAUGUCGCACCUGCUCUGCGUCUGUAAUUGGUCGAAAGCUCAGUCAGAUUCCACCGCAAGAAUUAUCGGAUUGAAAAUCAGGGAGGGGAGUUAAAAAAACUCAACACAAGCAACUCACAGCAAUGCAGUGCUUAAGUUUCUAAACAUCACAACGGAUUUCCUAGCACUUUUCAUCAGCUCGAAGCCACUCAAACAAUCAAAGGACUUUAAACACAGCAUCAUUUCAGAAUCACGGAAUCAUGCCACGGUCGUUUCUGGUGAAAAGUAAAAAGUCUUAUAAUGUGCAUCGACCAAACGACACCGAACAAGCUCCACAAAAACUCCCGGAACCAGAACCCAAAACAAUCCCAGCGCUGGUCCCUCUGGAACCAAAAGAGUGUAAAUCCCCCGAGCGGCCUCAGGUAGAUCCAGUGACCCGUCCGUCCCACAGAGACCCGUAUGACUUCAUCAAGUGUGAGCGAGAGCCUGACUGCCCAAUCCCAUCACUCCCCGAGCUGCCCACCGCCACCAGACGUCCCUUUUACAUAUCUGAACCUCAGCUGGCAGAGUUUCCUCCAUACUACAAGAGCUCUUUUGGCUGGGAUCAUGGUCCUGCCUCAUAUCAGGAGUUCAGACAUAUGGGCUUUUCUCCGUCUCUCCUCCAUCAUGCCAGCAGUCUGUACGGAGCUCAUCUGAAGCAGAGCGCAGAGCCACAGCCGCUGGACUGCAGCACUCACUACUCGCCCUCCUCCAACACAUACCACUGCAUCACCUGCGACAAGGUGUUUUCCACGCCUCAUGGGUUGGAGGUUCAUGUCCGCCGCUCUCACAGUGGUACAAGACCUUUUGAAUGCAGCAUCUGCAGAAAGAGCUUCGGCCAUGCAGUCAGUCUAGAGCAACACAUGAACGUCCACUCACAGGAAAGAAGCUUUGAGUGCAAAAUGUGCGGUAAAACCUUCAAGCGCUCCUCAACUUUGUCCACUCACCUGCUGAUCCACUCAGACACACGGCCAUAUCCCUGUCAAUAUUGCGGGAAACGCUUCCAUCAGAAAUCCGACAUGAAGAAACACACCUACAUUCACACAGGUGAAAAACCUCACAAAUGCCAGGUGUGCGGUAAAGCCUUCAGCCAGAGCUCCAAUCUCAUCACACACAGCCGCAAACACACUGGAUUCAAGCCGUUUGGCUGCGAGAUCUGCUCCAAAGGCUUUCAGAGGAAGGUGGAUCUUCGCAGACACCACGAGAGCCAGCACAGCCUUAAAUAACAGAAGUUGAUGGACAAUGAGGAGGAAAUGAAGGCGACAGAUGGUUGUUAUUUGCAAGCAAAAGCUCCUGUUUCAUAGGAAAUUGUUUCUAAGUAAACUUGAGUUUAAAGAAUCGUUAACGCACAAAACAAAAGUAAAAUUCUAACAUAAUUCACUCAUGUUACUCCAAACCUGUUGUCGUUGGUAAUCUAAAAUUAAAUUUUAAUGGAGAAAGAGCUUAAAUUAAAGGGUUAGUUCACCUAAAAAAAAAAAUUCUGUCAUCAUUUACUCACUUUAUUUACUUUAAAAACCAUAUUUAAAAUAUUUUGAAAUAUGGUGCUUAUUUUGAUAUUUUAUAAUUUAAAAAAAUACUUUAAAAAAUGCUGUUAUUGACUGACAUAGUUUUUUUUUUUUUACAACUGUGGAAGUCCUACUGGGUGACUAAAUGGGUGCCAUCAAACAUCAUUCUUCAAAAUAUCUUCUUUUGUGUUCAACAGAAAAAAGAAAGUCUUAAAAGGUUUAAAACCCCAUGAAGUAAAAUAAAUGAUGACAGAAUUUCCAUUUUUGGGUGACCUAUUUCUUUAAAACUACACUGUAAACCCCACUGUUGUCAAUACUAAAAGUUAAUAUAACUUGACAUUACUUAAAAUACAUUAAUGUAAAAUAAAAAUAAGUUUUGGCAUCAAAACUUAAACAGGUGUGCUUAACUUACUCAUUAGGCAGCAAAC